UUGAUGGAGACUGCGUCCAUUUUUUUAUUGGAGAUUUGAAAAUACCAUUGGGAUGAGAAUAGCCUAUGGUUUAUGUCGUGAGAAUGGUGUGAUACUUUGCGGCACACGGCAUUGAGCACCGCGGGGUGAUUCGCCUCCUCUGUGGGUCUCUAUCAAUAUGUUCUCAGUUUGCGUCCUCUUGGUCCGCCUCCAGGCAGAGCGCGUACAACCCUCAUCGAAGCAGCUACAGCCGCGCAUGGUCGCCAAUCUGUCUCGUUUAUGGGUCACAGCAUCAUUUUAGGCAGCCUUCACCGGAGGAUAGCGAACAUUUGGACAAAGCAGUCCCUUACAGGAUUUCGAAUAACAUUUUACCGGGUAUUCUUUCAAAUAAUUAUGCUCUUUUUCAUUAUUUAGGCCAACGUUUCCUUGCCAACUGGAUAUUUUGUCUUUCUUGAAACCCUUAUGGCCAGUCUUUAAAUCAAUGAAAUGAUACGUCUGCUGUGCGGUCCUGCGCGUCAUCGGACACCUGGCUGGUUUUACAGGGCGUGGUGUUCAUGCUAGACACUACAGGAGACACAGAUCAGGUGUUGUACUGGAGAGACACGUGUGCUGGCUAGACGCCACUAACAGCAAUGUGCUGUACAGCAACCAAGACUGUUUCCUAAGCCGGUGUAAACAAUAGUAGUUAUCCAAAACACAGAUAUAGAGAGAGUGUGAACUCGACAAAAAAAAUGACUCACUUGCAAGCGGGCCUGAGCUCGGAGACCACGGAGAAAGCUCGGCUGGAGCUCAACGAGAACCCCGACAGCCUCCACGCAGACAUCCAGCAGGUGCGCGACAUGAUCGUGACUCGGCCCGACAUUGGCUUCCUGCGCACGGACGACGACUUCAUCCUGAGGUUUCUACGGGCGCGCAAGUUUAACCAGGCAGAGACCUUCCGGCUCCUGGCCCAGUACUUUCAGUUCCGCCAGCAGAACCUGGACAUGUUCCAGAGCUUCAAGGUGGACGACCCGGGAAUCAAGCGGGCGCUGAUGGACGGCUUCCCAGGAGUCUUAGAAACACCGGAUCAGCACGGCCGGAAGAUACUCAUCCUUUUCGCUUCCAACUGGGAUCAAGGCAGGAACUCUUUCACAGACAUCCUCCGAGCCAUCCUCCUCUCCCUGGAGGUUCUCAUAGAGAACCCAGAACUCCAGAUCAACGGCUUCAUCUUGAUUAUCGACUGGAGUAACUUCUCCUUCAAGCAGGCUUCCAAGCUCACACCCAACAUCCUCAAACAGGCCAUCGAAGGGCUGCAGGACAGCUUCCCUGCUCGUUUCGGUGGGAUCCAUUUUGUAAACCAGCCCUGGUACAUCCACGCCAUGUACACCAUCAUCAAGCCUUUCCUCAAGGACAAGACAAGGAAAAGGAUUUUCCUCCAUGGGAACAAUCUCAACAGUUUACACCAGUUAAUUCUACCCGAUUGUCUACCGUCCGAGUUCGGUGGUACGCUGCCGCCGUAUGACAUGGGCAUCUGGGCACGGACCCUCUUAGGGCCCAACUACAACGACGAGACGGAGUACACACUCACCUACGACGCCCUCCACGUCAAAGAGAACUAUGGUGGCGGAGACAAGGAAUGUGCCGACAAACUUCUGAAAAGGUCCCAGUCAGCCGUGGAGCCGGGUACCCUACGACAAGGAGACAGGGAGAACACGGCACAGCCGCUCCUGGCUCUGGACUGAUCUCUCCUGUCCGUCCACAUUGGAUUCAAACCCCUCUCAUUAGGAUUCCAACCCCACUGACUCCAAAACCUAAAUCUGAACUUUGAGAAAGUCAAAAAUUGACUCGAAAAGGAGACUCUAAACCCUUGUUCACAUGGAGCUGCUGUACUGAAAACCUCUCAUCUCUUGACUCUGAGCCAGUGGCAGUUUCAGAUCAGGACCUUCAAAAUCUGUGCCAUCCACUUUCACUGGCAAACCUGUCAGUCAUCAGCCAUCCAAAUCAAUGCUGAUAGGAGUAGAAUGAUUAAACGAAUGUCAGUGUUACCAGUACCACUAGGAGGGACCGAGUUAAAUGUCAAAGUGUCUCGUGAACAAAAUGCCAAACUGUAUCUUACUGUUUUAGGGGAUGUCGUUUCUAUGAAAGUCAAUAUAUUUCAAGAUUGUAUAUUUAUCAGGGCAACUGCACUAUCAGUGUGACCUCCAUCGAACUGCAAUGUAUUUAAGUAAUCUUUAAAAGAAUGUAUAGAAAAAACAUUUUUAGUUGUGUGCUAAUUACGUGUGUGAAUGUUCAGGUUGUCAUUGAAAAUCACACAAAGGAGUAGAAUUUCAAAUGAGAGGAAUCAGCAUUACAAUAUACAAAUUAAGCUACCUAUGUAUUUAAUGAAACUACACAACAUUCUGAUCACCUGACACCAUUUUGACAAUUGUUUAAUUUACUGAAAAAAAAAGCUUUACAAUUUUUAAUAGUAACUGAUUACAA